GUGACUAUGCGCUAAGAGUAGCUAGCUAAGCAGGUUGUCAACAUUACAUUUUUUUUGUACUUUUUUGUAGUCUUUAGCGACAUUUCCGAGUUAAUCAAAGGCGACAAUCCAGCGUUUGUUCAAUCGCUAAACGCGCACAUCACUGACAACAUGACUAAGCACGAGUUUGAGGUGGCGAUGACCUGCGAAGGUUGCUCCGGAGCUGUUACAAGAAUCCUCAAUAAGCUUGGAGAUGUUAAGUUUGAAAUCGACCUGCCAAAGAAGCUGGUUUGGAUCGAGUCUGACAAGGAUGUGGAUGUUCUGAUGGAGACGCUGAAGAAAUGCGGAAAGGAAGUCAAGUACAACGGCACUAAAUGAAGGGGCCUGCUUUGUAUGUUGAACAGGGAAUCCUGCUGCUGUAAAGUGAAGAAUGAAGCUAAACUUGAAGCCAAUUACCCAGAGUCUCUAUAGGUGCCACGCUCCAUCAACUCAUGCUUCGAGAAGAUCUUGAAAACAAAUGUUUCCUGAUUGAACCACAUAUCUAAAGCUUAAAUUUGUCCAUUAAUUCUUACCAUGCUUUUGAUGGGUAAAAAAAGAAAAAUUCUGAUGCUGAAAUGUAGUUCAUUUUGUGCUUUUCUAUGAUUUCUGCCUCGUGGUUAGCACCUAAACCCCUGCUGUUUGGAGCCUGAAGAAUAUCUGUUACUGUCUGUGGUAAAUGUCCCAUUAAACCUGCAAAAUAAUCAUGUUAAUCUUGCUGUAGAACAGUUCAAGUACAUUCCCCGUAUCCGUUUUCAACCUUAUGAUGGUUUGUUGUUUUUGCUUUUACACUGAGUCAGUAUUAUUUAAAGCAAAUUAGCUCCAGUUUCAUGGAUAAUGUCAAUAGUUUUGAUCUGGGGUGGAAAGGCCCUUUUAGGGACCACCUUCCUGUCUGUAAUUUACACUACAAAACUACCACACAUCACAUAGACUGAUGAUCUAGAUUCUCUGAGAGGCACCUCUUUUUCUGUAGUUUGCUCUGGGAUUAGUUGCCACCUUCUCCUGGGUUAAUGUUGAUUCUGAAUAUGUCUUAUCUACGCAUAACGGCAAUAAAAACAACUUUGUGUAAAAUCUG